AUGUCCCAGAUACAGACUAGUUUGACUCAGAAUCCUUUAGAGAAAAUCUGGGUUCCAUGGAUGAGCAGCAAGCUGAACCGCAGGAGAGGCUCAUCUGUGCCGCAGUUUACCAACUCCCCCACCAUGAUAGUGAUGGUGGGGCUUCCAGCCAGGGGGAAAACCUUCAUCUCUAAGAAGCUCACCAGAUACCUCAACUGGAUUGGUGUUCCCACUAAACUAUUCAAUGUUGGCCAGUACAGGAGAGAUGCCACACAUUCCUACAACAGCUAUGAGUUCUUCAGAUCUGACAAUGAAGCGGCCAUGAAGAUACGCAAGGCCUGUGCUGUUGCAGCGCUGAAAGAUGUGUAUGCUUACUUUACCCAAGAGCAAGGCCAGGUUGCAGUGUUUGAUGCCACAAAUACCACCCCAGAGCGCAGAGAGGUCAUUCUCAGCUUUGCUAAGGAAAACGGAUACAAGGUGUUCUUUGUGGAGUCCGUUUGUGACGAUCCUGAAAUCAUUGAAGAAAAUAUUAAACAAGUAAAGCUGAGCAGUCCUGACUAUGUGGACUGUGACAAGGAGGAGGCGACAGCUGACUUCCUGAAGAGGAUUGAGUGUUACCAGGUCACCUACGUCCCACUGGAGAACGACAAAGACCGGAACUUGUCUUACAUCAAAAUCUUCAACGUGGGCAGCAGAUACCUGGUGAACCGGGUCCAGGACCACAUUCAGAGCCGGAUCAUCUACUAUCUGAUGAAUAUUCACGUCACACCGUGCUCCAUCUUCCUGAGCCGGCAUGGAGAGAGUGAACUCAACCUGGUCGGACGCAUUGGAGGAGACUCUGGGUUGUCAUCUCAUGGCAGCAAGUUUGCCAGUGUCCUGGGUGCGUACAUGCAUGACCAGUGUAUCCAUGACCUGAAAGUGUGGACCAGCCAUAUGAAGAGGACCAUCCAGACCGCAGAGGCUCUGGGAGUCCAAUAUGAACAGUGGAAGGCCCUCAAUGAGAUAGACGCUGGGGUCUGUGAAGAAAUGACAUAUGAGGAGAUCCAAGAGAAUUAUCCAGAGGAGUUUGCAUUGAGGGAUCAAGACAAGUACCACUACCGUUACCCCAAAGGGGAGUCCUAUGAAGACCUUGUCCAGCGUCUAGAGCCAGUCAUCAUGGAGCUGGAGAGACAGGAGAACGUUUUGGUCAUUUGCCACCAGGCUGUCAUGAGAUGUCUGCUGGCCUACUUCCUGGACAAGAGUUCCAUGGAGCUGCCCUAUCUGAAGUGUCCUCUUCACACAGUUCUCAAACUCACCCCAGUUGCCUAUGGAUGUAAAGUGGAGUCUGUCUUCCUAAACAUUGAAGCUGUGAACACACACAGGGACAAACCAAAUAACGUGGACGUGGACAGAGACCCAGAUGAGGCACUUGAAACCGUCCCCGAGCACAUUUAG